UGGAUGAGGCUCUUGUAGACAUGGUGGUAAAGGAUUUGCAGCCCUUCACUAUCGUGGAGGAUGAGGGUUUCAUGGCUUUUGUGAACAAACUUGAUCCAAGCUAUGUCCUCCCAUCCCGGAAGGCACUUAAAACGAUGGUAACCGAAAGGUACAACAUUUCUAAGGAGAAGACAAUGGAGGACCUAAAAAAGGCAGAUUUUGUUAGCCUUACAGCUGACAUGUGGUCCUCCAUUAAUAUGGACGGAUACCUUGGUGUUACUUGCCACUACAUAACACCAGAGGCAAAGUUGGCAACUGUUGUACUGGGUGUAAGGAGGUUUUACCAAACACACACAGCCCAGCAUCUCAUGGAGGCUAAAGCUUUGCUAAUGGCCGAGUGGGGAAUAACCACCAAAGUUCAGUGUAUGGUGACUGAUAAUGCAUCCAACAUGAUCUUAUGUGCCCAGCUACUGAACCUUCGGCAUGUCCCAUGUUUUGCCCACAAUUUAAAUUUAAUUGUAAAAAAGGCCCUAGAUCAAACCCCACUCAUCAAUGAAAUACGACAGAAAGCCAGAAAGAUAGUGGGGUUAUUUAGAUCCAGCUGCAAAGCAAAGGACAAGCUUGUGGAGAUGCAGGGCUUGAUGGGCAGACCAGCUCUGAAACUGAUGCAGGAGGUGGACACAAGAUGGAACAGCACUUACGACAUGUUGCAGCGCUUGUAUGAGCAACGAGAGCCAGUGGGUGCAGCGCUAUCAAAUUUAAACAGUGAUACUGCUCCGCUGACAAGUUUUGAGUAUAACAUUAUACAAGAAUCAUUGUCACUACUGCAGCCUUUCAAACUCGCAACGACAGAGUUGUCAGAGGAACAGAGAGUGUCUGCUUCAAAGCUCAUACCACUUUACAGGAUGUUGCAGCACAAGCUAUCGCAGAAAAAAGGCCAAUCAGCACAGGAAUCAACUGCACAAUUAGGCACACACCUGCAAGAAGGUCUGCACUCAAGAUGUGGUGGGUACGAGUCAUUCAGAGCCUUGGCUCUGGCUACACUGCUGGACCCAAGGUUCAAAAAUGUGGGUUUUGGAAAUCCUGCCAAAGCCCAGGAGGCUGAAAAGCAGAUCACACUGGAGUGUGCUUCGUUGAUGCGUUCAAACACAGCAACUCCUGGUAAGCAGUUUCACUCUUCAUCUGACAUUAUGGAGUUAUGUCAUCUGAAUAAUUAUGUGACUUAUACUUCAUAUAUGCUGUCAGUUUAGACUUAGUAACUAAUUGUUGUUUUUACUUUCAUUCAGAGCCACAGUCAACAUCAGGCCCAUCAUCAUCA